AUGGAGGAGAUCUGUCACAAAAUUCUUGAUCUGUAUCCUGCGGACGAUGGGCCGCAACCGGCCACAUCUAAUCCAGGCUUGGAUAGUGCCCCGCAUGUGAGUGGAGCAAGCACAUUGCCAACCACUGUAACUGAUACUCCCAGUGGACAUAUGCACCAAUCUUUUGCCUCUCGAUCACUAGGUUCUCACACUCGUCAAGCCUCAUCCCAACCUUCCAUGAAUCCAGUUUUAUUGCGAUCUUCUGGGUUAGUGAGUGAUGAGUCAUGGGGUAAACGCCCUCGUUUGAACUUGGCUGAUCCCACAUCUGGCUUCAAUGAUCUUCAUCCUGGAAAUAGCUCAUCUGGCCCCAUUAAUACAGGCAUGCUUUUUCGUGCUUUUAAUUGCCUUUAUCCAUGUAUGCAUUCCUCCAGCUCCACAGCUUCCCUGACUUCUUCAGGAAAAUCAUUUUCUCAGACAAAUUCAGCCUCUGCUCAAUCUCAUUUACACCAUCCACCACCACCUCCACUACCCUGCCACUUUUCAAUAGUGACAAGCGGUGCGACAGCCCGCUCUCAUGCCGCUGGGCUAGAAUCCUCUAACUCCAUAUCCUCUGCUUCUAGCUGCCCGACUGGCACUGGUAUUUCCCUCAAUACAAAUACGAUUGGUUUUCCACAACGAGGACCUUCCCAUUUGAACGUAUCUAGCAAAGCAGGUUGUACCCUGGUCGUCACAGCUCCGACAACUGGCUCAUCUACUUGUUCCGGACCCAUAAUUUCAACCACUUCGACAUCUCUUUUAUAUUUGGCCACCACCCAAUCUGGCCCAGGAGUGACAAUUGCACCGUCACUGGCCUUACCUACAUUUGGUGGAUUGGCACUGCCACCACAAUCUCGAAUUCCUCAUUCUACUGGAUUAGGGCUUCUUCCACCUGGUUCAGCUGUUUCAGGCCUGGGCGCUUGA